ACGGUCAAGAUGACCGCCGAUGAGAACCUCGAGAUGCUCAACAAGCAGAGGAGCGUUAGGCCCAAUUCUCCACACUUCACCAUUUACCAGCCGCAGCUCACUUGGUUGGGAUCGAUUGCUAAUAGGAUUACUGGCGUUGGACUGAGUGUUGGUCUCUACGCCUACGGUCUCGCCUACAUCUCCCUCCCACUGAUGGGAUACGGUGACCUAGUCUCCUCUGCCUACCUCACCUCUCUCGCCGCCUCUGCUCCCUUCUGGCUCAAGCUCUCCAUCAAAGCACCCAUCGCAGCCGCCUUCAACUACCACACUUUCAACGGUCUGAGGCAUCUGGGUUGGGAUAGGGGAUACUUCAUCUCCGUAAAGGGAUGCUACCAGUCCGGCUACGCAGUCUUUGCCGCCACAGCACUUGCCACCGUUGGUCUCUGCCUCAUUUGA